AUGGCAGCGGAGAAUGGGGGGGCGCUGACAUGUGUCAAUCACUUCCGCGUCUGGCAGCGUGAGGGCGGACGCGGACCGGCUGUGGGCGAGUGCAAGCCGCCGCCUGGGCCGGGCAGUCUGCGCGAACACGUGGAGGUGCAUAUGCUCGGCAUGGCCAUGAUUUGCGUGUGCAUCGAUCCGCUGCAACGGCCAUUCCCCGCGCUGGCUGCUUGUGCCGAGCGGGCAUGGAAGCGCGUGUGGUAUUUUAGUCAGCAGGAUGAGUGCAUGUACUCUACUGUGCGGGAGGUGGUCACGAUGGCAGAUGUCGAGCGGCGCCAGGGGGAGGCGGCGGCGGCGGGGAGGCAAGAGACGGGGCAGACGACUCAAUGGGCGAGCCGAGAACACUGCCGCGGUCCAAGUGGACACAUACAUGUGCGGACAUUACACAGGAGCAGACAUGCCGUGUACACACAUGCAUCGUACCAGUACAUCCAUCCAUCCUCGACAGACAGCACUCACAUGGGCCGCCCGCCCUCUCUUGCUCCGGCUCGUCGUGUGUGUGGUGUGCGUGCAGUAUUGCCCCAAGGCUUCUUUGCUUCUUCUACCGCCUUGCUGGACCCUGCAGCUCGUCUGCAACCCCCCGCAGCCCGCCCUGGCCCGCCCUGGCCUGGCCUGCCCAAUAUCCAGCACCGCUUCCUCGAGGCAAGCCCAUGGUCCGGAACGCGCUCCGCAAUCCUUUCCCCUCGUCGCCCUCUGCCCCCCAGCUAA